AUGAGUAUCUUUGGUAUUUUGAUGAUUUAUAACGUUCAUAAUAUUCACGGUCAAAAUAAUUUGCGUGGUAACAAUAGACAAAAUAAACGUUUACGUUCAAAUGAUCGUCAACUGUCUAUAAUGGUUUUAUUUCAAAUAAUCAUCACUACUAUGAUAUCAAUUCCUUAUUUUGCUCUCGCUAUAUAUAAUGCAAUUGCUAUAGUUAUGUUUCAUUAUAAACUCUCAGCAUCUGGAUUGGCUAUUUAUAAUUUUGCAUAUAAUCUAUUUCGAUUACUUUAUUUUACAAAUCCUGUUCUUACUUUUUAUAUUUAUACUUUGACUGGUCCUAAAUUUCGCACAGAAAUGAAACGUUGCAUUCAAUAUGGAUUGAAAUCUGUUAUGACAACCAUUGGUCUUCAACGAUAUUUACCACCGAGAGUGCAACAAGUAUUACUCGGUGAGAAUCAACUUGUGAAUACAAUCAAUAUACCUUUGUCACAAAAUAGAAGAAGAGAAAAUGCUGUUCAUCCUGUUCAAUAA